CUUCCGGCACGUGUUGAUUGAAAAUACUGCAGAGAGAAUGAACACACACUCAUAAAGUUUCCUGCUGCAAUGGCAAAUCUAAAAACAAACUUUGAUGUGCUGCGAAAAUAUGAAGCAUUUUACACCGGAGGGAAAAUACAGAUAUCUGGUGAUGGAGAAUAUAUGUUCUGUGGCUGUGGAAACAAAGUACAAGUGAUUGAGAUUGCUUCAGGACUGACAAAAUUUUCAGUUGGAGAGAAAGAGGAUGAAGAUAUCUGUGGAUUUUGUGUGACACCGGAUGACAAGAAUGUGGUGCUUGCUACACAGAAUCUUUUAUUUAGACAAUGGAAUUGGAAAGAAAGCAAUCUUGUUAGAACAUGGAAGGCUAUCCACGCAUCUCCUGUGUCGGUAAUGGCAUUCGACAAGUCAUCCACUUUGCUGGCAUCAGGUAGUGCCGAUUCCACAAUAAAAAUGUGGGAUAUAGAAAAACAGUACUGUACACACAACCUCAAGGGUCACCAAGGGGUAGUAAGUGUUGUUGAGUUUCAUCCCGAUGCUGACAAACUCCAGCUUUUCUCGGCCGCAGAUGAUUACAAAGUGCGUGUAUGGGACCUGAGGAGUAGUCAAUGCAUCGCUGCUGUAGAAGCCCACGUCAGUGUGGUCACGUGUCUGUGUUUCUCUCAGGAUGGGUCUACCUUGUACAGUGCUGGAAGAGAUAGCACUGUGGCAGUAUGGGACGUUGAUGAGCUGAAGGUUGUCAAGACGUUCCCUGUGUUAGAGAGUUUGGAGUCAAUUGUUCUGCUGCCUGCUGGCAAGUCUUACCCAGAACUUAACAUCGAUGACGAUACACCACACAUCAUUACUGCAGGCAGUAAAGGUAUUCUCAAGUUAUGGAAUGUAGAAAAGACAAAGUUGACGAUGAUAAGGAACUUAAAUGCAUCCCAGGAGCAGAGUAUUAUACAGGCAUCAUACUGUCCAGCCAGACAGCAGGUGGCCGUAGUGACCUUUGACCACAAUAUUUCUCUGCUGGACAUUGACACACUAAAGCUGCAAAAACAGUUUUGUGGUUACACAGACGAGGUUCUGGACCUACAGUUGAUGGGGGAGGAUGACAGCCAUCUGGUGAUGGCCACAAACAGCCAGCACCUCAAGGUGUUUGAAAUGGAAACAUGGAACUGUCAAAUUCUCCAGGGCCACUCCGACAUUGUGCUCAGUGUGUGUGUCCACCACAAGGAACGCCUCAUUGCUUCGUCCUCUAAGGACAACAGUAUACGACUGUGGAAGCUGGAUACAGACACGGGUCAAGUGAAAUGUGUCGCUGUAGGUCAAGGUCAUACUCACGCUGUCAACACAAUGGCUUUCUCAUGGUUAAAUGCCAGAACGAUUGUGAGUGGUGGACAGGACAGCACGUUGAAGGUGUGGGACAUUCCGGACAAACUGGACACUGCUACAGUGGUCAGUCUACACUCCAGGAUAACAGAGAAAGCACAUGAUAAGGACAUCAACUCUGUCGCCAUGACACCCAACGACAAAUUCAUAGCGUCCGGCUCUCAGGAUAAAACUAUCAAGGUUUGGAACACAAGUGAUCUGUCUCUCCUAGGUGUUAUGAGGGGACACAAACGAGGGAUUUGGUGUCUACAGUUCUCACCUGUCGAUCAGUGCUUGGCUACAUCAUCAGCUGAUGGCACUAUCAAGAUCUGGUCCUUGUCUGACUUCUUAUGCGUGAAGACAUUUGAAGGACAUGACAGUUCCGUCUUGAGAGUGAUAUUUCUGAACAGAGGGAUGCAGUUAAUGUCUUGUGGAUCUGAUGGCCUCCUAAAACUCUGGACAAUCAAAAGUAACGAGUGUGUGAAGACGUUUGACGAACACGAGGACAAGAUCUGGGCGCUGUGUAGUAACAGACAGGAAAACGAAGUCAUCACAGGAGGGGCGGACUCUACAGUCAUCGUGUGGAAGGAUGUCACACAGGAAGAGAAGGACGGGGAGCGUGCAAAGCAGGAGGAGUUCAUACUACAGGAGCAAACUCUUUCCAACCUGAUCCAACAGAAAAAGUUCCUUAAAGCCAUUGUGCUAGCUAUCAGACUGGAACAGCCCUUCCGAGUCCUAAAAAUAAUGAAAGAAAUUCUCUCGGAAAACAAAGGAGAAGAAGAUCUAAAGGCAACUCUUGAAAAGCUGAGGAUGGACCAGAUAGAUACAGUGUUGAGGUUUGCUUCCCAGUGGAAUACCAACAGUCGCCACUGCCAUGAGGCCCAGCUGGUGGUAUCCUCUGUGUUGGAGCUCUACCCUCAGGAGGAGCUUGCCGAGUUCCCCAACAUCACAUCAACACUGGAGGGUCUUCUCCCCUACACAGAGCGGCACUUCCAGAGGAUGAAUCGUCUGUUACAACAGUCCCGCUUCCUGGAGUAUACCUGGCAGUGUAUGAGGACCGUUGCUGAUGAAGAAAAACCAAGCAAAUCCAGCUCUAUGGAGUUUGAAGAGAUUAGAGCAAGCACCCUGCCAUUAUCUGGAGCCAUGAAAGAAAACAGUUCUUCUGAUAUGGACAACAGUGAUUCUGGUGUAGACAAUGACGAUAGUUACAUGGAUGAUGUAGACAGUGAGGAUGAUAGUGAUGAUGGUGAUAGUGAUGAUAAAGAUGAUGAAAAUAACAAUGACAAUUCCAGUGGUAGUGAUGACAAUGAAGAUUUCACAACAGUGAAACGAAAAACUCCACAAUUAAAAAAGAAACUUACAGAAGAACCUGUAAAAGUGAGCAAGAAGGAAAAGAAACGCCCCCUGGAGACAGCUGGGAAAGGUAAAAGACAACCAAAGAAGACUGCAAAAAUCACAAAGAGAUCAGAAAUGACAUUGAGUGAAAAGAAAAGUGAAAGAAAGGGGAAAAGAAAAAUAUCAGGCACUUUAGAAAAAGUGAAAACUAAGAAACGGAGGUAACAAAUUGUGGAAGUAAAUUAUUAUGUGAUUCAAGAAUUGCAAUACUUGUACUGUUAUAAUUGAUUUUAUGCAACAAAUUGAAUGAUUAUUAAAAUGUUCAGAAGGUUACAUUUUCAA